AAUUUAGAACCCGCCUACUUUCCUUGUCAAUCUCAGCCGGGAAACUAGCGGUAUCGCUGUACUAGGUUAUGCAUCUGGUCUACUCUCGGAAAGAGUGGGGAAUUCUCGAGAAAUCAACAUGAAACGUCAUGGGUUUUUGUGCCCUUUGACAUUUAUUUGCGCUUGUGUCCUUAUCGCUGCCGUCUGCUCAGUGAAAGGUGACUACUGUGAAGUGAAUCUCUGCCAUAACGGAGGGACGUGUGUGACCGGGGUGGGGGAGGACCCAUUCAUCUGUAUCUGUGCUGAUGCUUUUACUGGAGACACCUGCCACCUCAAUGAGACUGGUCCCUGCAUUCCCAACCCCUGCAGGAAUGAUGGGUCGUGUGAGGUCAUCACUCCGACCAGACGAGGAGACGUGUUCAGCGAGUACGUGUGUAAAUGCCAGCCUGGCUUCGAGGGCGUGCACUGCCAAAUCAAUGUGAAUGACUGUGAGAAGCAGCCAUGUAAGAACGGUGGGAUGUGUCGAGAUCUGGAUGGUGACUACACCUGCCUGUGCCCUUCACCCUACGUUGGAAAGCAAUGCCAGCUCCGUUGUAUCUCUCUGAUGGGGAUGGAGGGAGGAGAAAUCGUAGAGUCUCAGAUCUCGGCCUCCUCUGUACACUAUGGCAUUAUGGGUCUUCAGCGCUGGGGUCCAGAACUGGCCCGGCUCAACAACCAGGGCAUGGUCAACGCCUGGACCGCAGCCAACCAUGACAAGAACCCCUGGAUGGAGAUCAACAUGCAAAAGAAGAUGCGCCUAACUGGCAUCAUCACCCAGGGUGCCAGUCGAAUGGGCAUAGCUGAGUACAUUAAGGUCUUUAAAGUGUCUUCCAGCUUUGACGGUAAGACCUACACCCCCUACAGACCAGCGGGACAGAGGAAGGACAAGGUGUUUGUGGGUAACAUUGAUAAUGACAGCACCAAGACCAACCUGUUUGACCCUCCCAUCGUGGCCCAGUUCAUCCGCAUCAUUCCUGUGGUGUGUCGCAAGGCCUGCACCCUGCGUAUGGAGCUGGUGGGCUGUGAGCUCAAUGUAUAUUCCAACACGACAGGUUGCUCUGAGCCAAUGGGCAUGAAGUCCCGCCUUGUCUCUGAUGGACAGCUCUCGGCGUCCAGUGCCUUCCGCACCUGGGGCAUUGAUGCCUUCACAUGGCACCCACAGUUCGCCCGGCUAGACAAACAGGGCAAGACCAACGCCUGGUCCCCCGCCACAAACAACCGCUCAGAGUGGCUACAGGUGGACCUGGAGAAGACCAAGCAUCUGACAGGCAUCAUCACCCAGGGGGCAAAGGACUUUGGGGUGGUGCAGUUUGUGUCCGCCUUCAAAGUGGCCUACAGCGACGACGGACAGACCUGGAACCUGGUGAAGGAUGAGAACACCAACACAGAGAAGAUUUUCCAAGGCAACAUUGACAACAACAUGCAUAAGAAGAACCUGUUUGAGCCUCCAUUCUACGCCCGCUACCUGCGCGUUGUGCCCUGGGAGUGGCACGAGCGCAUCACCCUGCGCAUGGAGCUGCUGGGCUGUGACUUCUAGAACUGCAUUACCCAUAAUCCACCAGUGCUCCACUCAGCCCUCCACCCAGUCUCCAUACCGUACCUGUCCACACUGGAAUCAGUCACACCUUCCUCUGCACCAGGACAUAGAAAUCUAAUGUUUAGAAUGUACAUUGGGAAAAUGUGUCAGGUUCUAACGUUCCAGGAUUUUGCAUCAAUAGAAUAUGCUCCAGAUUAAGUCUGCUCUACAGCUUGUAUUUCUACAAAUAUUUUUCUGAUUUUUUUUUUUGUUUUAUUCUCCAGCUAAAACUGAUCAAUUCCAAUUGGUUUUCGAUCCUUUCCACAGUGACUGUGGCACAGUGUCAAUUCUAAAUAUAUGGGCUCUCACAUUCUCUUUGUAGAAUUAGGGUAUGUCUGAAAUGACAGCCUAUUCCCUAUGUAGUGCACAAUUGUUGACCUAUUGGCAGUACAUGUGCUGUGGUCAAAAGUAGCACAGUAUAGGGAACAUGUUGGACAAACCCUUCCCCCAGCGCUGCCAGUUCCAACACGUUCUAAACACUCACAGUUCUGUGUGAUGUCACUUUGCCAGCCGACCUAGCAGCUGUUUGUCCCGCCGUGCUCUCUGACAUUAUGUAUCCAGGGUGAAAGCCUUCUAUUUACAGCAGUGGUAUUCAGAGUCAGGGUCGCCAAAUAAAAAUAACAUCCUAUCCCAGUCGGCGUGGACUUAUCCUAGUUGGUGGCGACCUAAAAAAGGAAGAGUAGCCAACAGAUUAUUGUAUGGGACAAUUUACAUUUUUGAGAAAGAUUGGUUCUCUUCAUUUUUAUAAGAGAGAUGAAAAGACAAUGAAUUGAAGGUUAUUUGUUGAUGUAAAAAUCUAAACUUAGAGAUUUGAAGGUUGUGUUUUUAGAUUUGGGUUGGGGUCACCAGAAAUUCUGCCGAAAAAAUGGGGUCCCUGCUGAAAAAGUUUGAAUACCACUGAUUUAACACAGGAGGUCGGUGCCACCUUAAUUGGGGAGGACGGGCUCGUAGUAAUGGCUGUCGCAGAAUUAAUGGAAUGGUAUCAAACACAUGGUUUCUAUGUGUUUGAUUCCAUUCGCUUCAUUCCAGCCAUUAUUAUGAGCUGUCUUCCCCUCAGCAGCCUCCACUGUGAUUUACAGUAAACAAAAGGCUCUGUCGAGGACCACAAAAAAGCAGCUUGCAGUCCUGAUGUGGACCCCAGACCUGGAGUUAAAGACCCCUGGUCUACCAUAAUACAGAUGGGAGUGUAUCGAAGGGAGAGUAGACACAUCAGCUGGUCGAUAUGAGCACUUAGUAGUAUAUUGAAGCAGGGCCUGUGUGCAAUAUACUUUUGGGGAAAUAGCUGGACAUAAUAAAUUAACAAAUUUGUUAAAUGACAAUGGAAUUAUUGUACUGUAUUUUACCUAUACUGUAUAUUAAUUAAAGGAAGGACAUUGGUUUUUAAAGUGAAACUAAAAGCUGCAAAGGAUUGUUCAGUAUGAUGGUGUACCUUUCACACUUGAUCCAUGCAAAGGAUUGUUCAGUAUGAUGGUGUACCUUUCACACUUGAUCCAUGCAAAGGAUUGUUCAGUAUGAUGGUGUACCUUUCACACUUGAUCCAUGACUUAAGUUUUUUUUCCAAUUUAGCAGAUUUGUUUAUGUUCUAAUAAUAAUCUUGCAUUCCAAGUGGGCCUAUAACAGUUUUUUUCCAUAAUUUAUUAGCAGAAAUGAAAUCAUACAGACAAGAGACGACUAGAAAUGAUUGAGUGAGUAGAAAUUAUUAGACAAUAUGUUGUGGUUUUUAAUUCUUUUUUUAAAGAAAUCAAUUAUGUUGGUCUUCAACAGACAUCAUUAAUUUAAAAAAAGCUGAAAAACAUUGUGUUAAACAUUUUGAUUGAAAAUAAUGUUCAUUACAUAAGACAUUGCACGGGUAGACAUUGAUGUCAGUCAACUUAGAAGUAUAAAAAGAAGUGUCCCUUUGUAAUUUCACCCUUCUGCCUAACUCUCAGUGACAGGCAGAUUCUCUCUCUCUCUCUCUCAUUUCUCUUUGUCCCUCUACUACUUCCUACUACUUCCCCCCUUCUCAUUUUCUCUCCCUCCCACUGUUUCUUCCUCUUCAAUUUGUGUCCAUGCCGCUGCCAGGACGUUACAGAGCAGAACUUUGUGUUCCCCCUAGUUCUGCAGUGGAGCCCCAUUCUCCUGCCUGACCUGUCUGAUCAUACUGUCAGGACGGGCGUGUCGUGUAUAGCAGAACAGAAAAAAGUUGUGGGACCUGAAUAUUAAGUGACAUCAUGGGGGCUUGUUUAUGGGGCUGUGUGUGUUAGUGCAUACAAUCUGAAUUGCUUUUAUAAAAUAAACAGAUACUCUUAAACUUCAUAGUUGCAAUAAACGUGUUUACAGCCAA